AUGACAAAGUUGAUCGACCUCAAUGAGGAUGCAAUGACUCAUAUUUUGGAGCGUUGUAACUUCCUGGAUGUACAAAUCCUCCGUCGUACUUGUGGUGCUCUGCGAGACCACAUCACUAAAAUGCCGCCAAAAUCUUCAAUUUCGGAAAUCCGGAUCAGAAUUAAUGAUGGAUCUAUUUUUCUAAAUCUUGGAGCACAGUUGAAUGUGGAGUACCACGAUCACAACGGAGGAUGCCGAGUUGUGGCUCAAAAACUGGAUUUGCCAGCGGAAACCCGUGUAAAAGAGGGUCAAAACUAUAUGGAACUCUUCAUAAACGAUUUGAAAACGGUUAUGGAGUAUCAGCGACAAACUUCUCUGGACGACUUCAAGAUUGUGACUGGAGAAGACCAACUCGUACCUUUUGAGGAGGCGUGUACCCAACUUAUGGCUCGAAUUGCAGAUAUCCUCCCAUCUGCAUCCAUAAAAUCCAAAAAACUAUUCAUCAAAGUCUGGAACGAGUCUCAAAUCCUCCAAGUCUUUCCCCAUUUCCACACGAAUUCGCUGGAGGAGCUUGUCCUGGAAUCCGUAAGAGACCCUCUAACCAUGGAUUGGCUGGAAAUUGAUGACUAUCUGGAAACAAAUACCUGGGAUAAUCUGAAAGUGAUCAAAGUGGAUGCUAUGAUGCGCCGUCCAGUUUUCCACUUUCUUCACUGUGAGAGAGUGGAUAUGAAGUGCUUCAAGCUGGUCAGAAAUGAUAUCCAACAGAUUAAAGCGGCACUCCUAGCGUCGCCCAGUCUCCACAAAGUGUUCGUCAUUCACUUCGAGUCUAGAUUUCCAAGAUUGCCAGAACUGGAAAAUCAGGAGCUUAACCAGUCGCGAUAUGGUCUGGACGACAUGGAGUUGGAGUUGAUUCUGACUUUCUUCUACCAUCGACUUGAAUUCCGCUUUGUCUCGCGGCGCCCAAAUGUUCCAGUGCGAUUGCCGGUUGCUCAAAAUGUUUAA